UCUUGCACAUUUUCACACAGGAAGAGGUGUUAUCUGACCUGCUUUCUUAUGUGCUAAAGUGAUUUAUACACUGUAGCUGUAUAAGGCAUAAGUUGCAUCCACGAAACAUUGGUGGAUUCGAUUCACCUUUAAAAAUAACCAUUGAGAAAACACAGACAGAGUGGAACGGAAUAAGCUAUUUUAAAAGGACAUAACCACUACUAGUGUUCAGGAGAAAAACAAGGCCACUGCAAGAUGAACAUUUCUACCUUUGACCCAGACCUAGAGUUGAUGACAACAACGUUUGACUAUGAGGAUUACUCACCGUGCAAAAAUGAAGAUGCCCAAAAGUUUGGUUCUCAGUUUCUGCCACCACUUUAUUCUUUGGUGCUCCUUUUUGGCCUCGUGGGCAAUACAUUAGUUGUUCUGAUCCUGAUAAAAUACAAGAGACUGAAAAACAUGACUGAUAUCUACCUGCUAAAUUUGGCCAUCUCUGAUUUGCUUUUUGUAUUUUCUCUACCAUUCUGGGCAUACCAGGCAGCACAUAAUUGGAUUUUUGGAGAUGUAAUGUGUAAAAUUCUUUCAGGAAUCUAUUGCUUGGGCUUUUAUAGUGGAAUCUUUUUUAUAAUACUGUUGACAAUAGAUAGAUACCUAGCAAUUGUCCAUGCAGUGUUUGCUUUGAAAGCCAGGACUGUUGUCUAUGGCAGCCUCACUAGCUUUGCUGUUUGGUUUGUUGCUGCAUUGGCCUCUCUCCCAAUGGUAAUAUAUUAUGGUUCUCAAGAUUUGACCUGCAGCCUUCAUUUUUCACAUCAGUCUCAGAGCCAAUGGAAUCAAUUCUUAACCUUAAAGAGGAUCUUCCUGGGACUUGUUGUUCCCUUGAUCAUUAUGAUCUUCUGCUACACCGAAAUUAUAAGGACACUACUGAGAUGUAGGAAUGAGAAAAAACACAAGGCAGUCAAGCUUAUUUUUCUCAUAAUGAUUGUUUAUUUUCUCUUCUGGACACCAUACAGCAUUGUUCUUCUUCUACACAUUUUUCCAAAGGCAGUUUCUCUUGAUAACUGUUACAGCAGCAAUCAGGUUUUGGUUGCAAUCCAAGUAACAGAAUCUAUUGCAAUGAUCCACUGUUGUAUUAACCCCUUGAUCUAUGCCUUUGCUGGAGAGAAAUUUAGGAAAUACCUUAAUAGCUUUUUCAGAAAGCACAUUUCAAUUCAGUGCUCUAAGUAUUGUCCUUCUCUCUAUGCUGAUAGAUGUGAACGGACCAGUUCCACAAACACCCAGUCUACUGGGGAACAGGAAUUCUCUGCUGUUCUGUAAAAUGUGUCUAACACAGUUAUAUUGACUUGUAUGGAAACAACUGAAAAAGGAAAAAAGGUGUUCGAAUACUGGCUUAAAGAAGGCAAUAAUUGGUGUGUUGACAAUAUACAAAACAUAUGCAUAUACCAUCAUCACUGGCAAUCCCUCACAGUCAAGGUUGACUGUCUUCCAUGGUGGCCUUAUCUGUGGGUUGAAAGAUGGCUGUCAAGGCCAAUUUAGGAUUGACAAGCUCUGUUACAGGUAGGGCACAUGUUUCCAUGUAGGGUGGGUGGUUCUGGAUUCUUGAUUCGGUCUACAGCACACUGUUUCUGCUGUUCCCGCUUAUCCGUCUCCUGCUGUCAUUGUAAGAUUUCAAAGUAAGAUGCACGUACUAAUACCCACACAAAAAUCUGCAUUUGCUUAUACUGAUGGCUAUUUGUAUAUUGAAAAAGUAGAUAUACAUACCAAGUUACUUAUGUAAAUAAAGACUUUUGCUGUGAUAAUAGACAUGCGCUCACUUUUUGGUAAAUGCCAUGUGUAUGCAAUCCUUAGAAAAAAA